GCUGCUGGCUGAGCUGCGCGGCUGUGCGCAGCGCGGAGUUUGCUUUGUGCCCGCGGUCGCGGCAGGACGGCCCGCAGCCAUGGAAGAGUUAAUAGUAGAGCUGCGACUGUUUCUUGAACUUCUGGACCAUGAAUAUCUGACUUCCACUGUCAGAGAGAAGAAGGCAGUAAUAACUAACAUUCUCCUGAGGAUACAGUCAUCUAAAGGUUUUGAAAUAAAAGAACAUGUGCAGAAACCAGAAGUUGCCAACAGCCUGCCAGCACCUCCUCAAAUGCCUCUGCCAGAAAUACCUCAGCAGUGGCUGCCACCAGAUAAUGGGCCUCCGCCUUUACCGACGUCUUCCCUUCCCGAAGGCUAUUAUGAAGAGGCAGUGCCGCUUAGUCCUGGGAAGGCUCCUGAAUAUAUCACUUCCAAUUAUGACUCAGAUGCUAUGAGCAGCUCUUAUGAAUCCUAUGAUGAAGAGGAAGAGGAUGGAAAGGGGAAGAAAAUGAGACAUCAGUGGCCUUCUGAGGAGGCCUCUAUGGAUCUGGUGAAGGAUGCCAAAAUUUGUGCCUUCCUACUUAGAAAGAAACGAUUCGGGCAAUGGACCAAACUACUGUGUGUUGUCAAAGAAAACAAACUACUGUGUUACAAAAGUUCUAAGGACCAGCAGCCCCAGAUGGAGCUGCUCCUGAAUGACUGCAGCAUCACCUACAUCCCCAAAGACAGCAAAAAGAAGAAACACGAGCUGAAAAUCUCACACCAAGGAGCGGAUGCACUAGUUCUGGCAGUACAGAGCAAAGAGCAGGCGGAGCAGUGGCUAAAGGUAAUAAAAGAUGUGUGCAACAACUGUACGGGCACUGUGGACUCUGACGGGCCAUUGUCUAGUUCUCCGGUACACAAGACAGAGCUGGAAAAGAAGCUGUCAUCUGAGAGACCAAGUUCAGAUGGGGAGGGUGCUGCGGAAAAUGGCAUCACCACAGUGUGCAAUGGAAAAGAACAAGUGAAGAGGAAAAAAAGUUCAAAAACAGAAGCCAAGGGCACUGUGACUAAAGUAACAGGGAAAAAGAUAACGAAGAUCAUUGGUUUAGGAAAGAAAAAGCCAUCAACAGAUGAACAGACCUCAUCAGCUGAAGAAGAUGUUCCAACAUGUGGAUAUCUCAAUGUGCUCUCAAAUAACCGUUGGCGUGAGCGCUGGUGCCGAGUGAAAGACAAUAAACUCAUUUUCCACAAGGACAGGACAGAUCUGAAGACACAUAUUGUUUCUAUCCCUCUCCGUGGAUGUGAAGUCAUCCCAGGACUGGAUUCAAAGCAUCCCCUGACCUUCCGGCUGCUUCGAAACGGGCAGGAGGUUGCUGUGCUUGAGGCAUCUUCCUCUGAAGACAUGGGCAGAUGGAUAGGGAUGUUGCUUGCAGAAACGGGAUCUUCGACAGACCCUGGAGCUCUGCACUAUGACUACAUCGAUGUGGAAAUGACAGCAAGUGUCAUCCAGGCUGCAAAACAGACCUUCUGUUUUAUGAACAGGCGAGUUAUAUCCACAAAUCCAUACCGGGGAAGCACUGCCAAUGGCUAUGCAUGUCCGAGUGGAAUGGCACUUCAUUACGAUGAUGUUCCCUGCAUAAAUGGAUCGUGGGAACCAGAAGAUGGCUUUCCUUCUUCUCGUAGCAGGAACAUGGGAGAAGAAAUGCUUUAUGAUAACGCAGGCCUGUACGAUAACUUGCCGUCUCCAAAAAUCUUUGCGCGCUAUCCGCCAGCUGACAGGAAAACCAAUAGGUUAUCUACUGACAAACUCUCCUCUAACCAUUACAAACACCCUGUCUCAUCCAAUCUGUCUUCUGCUCAGUCUGUCACUAAUACCUCUGCUGUGGGGAGGGGAUCUGUCUCGCAGUUUAAAGGCAAGAAGCCUCCUGCAACUUCUAACGGGAUCACUGCAAAAGUGAGAACAUUAAAUAGCCAACCGAAGAAACCUGACUCAGUGUCAUGUGUGAAGCGCACAGCAUCCAAUGCAGAACAGUACAAAUAUGGUAAGAAUCGCGUGGAGGCUGAUGCAAAGAGGCUACAGAGCAAAGAAGAGGAACUGCUAAAGAGGAAAGAAGCGCUGCGGAAUAGGCUGGCCCAGCUCCGAAAAGAAAGGAAAGAUCUACGUGCUGCCAUUGAAGUGAAUGCUGGCAGGAAGACCCAAGUGAUUCUUGAAGACAAGUUAAAGAAGCUGGAAGAGGAAUGUAAAACAAAGGAGGCUGAGCGUGUAAACCUGGAGCUAGAACUGACUGAGGUGAAAGAGAGCCUUAAGAAAGCCCUGGCUGGUGGCAUCACACUGGGCUUGGCUAUUGAGCCCAAGUCAGGAACAUCAAGUCCACAGUCCCCAAUUUUCAAGCACCGAACUUUGGAAAACUCUCCAAUCUCCAGUUGUGAUACCAGUGACACCGAAUGCUCAAUACCUGUGAACAGUGCAGCAGCUCUGAAGCGACCUCCCUCAUCGAAUAGUUCUCCAUGUCGGGGGCAUGUACUUCGAAAAGCAAAGGAAUGGGAGAUGAAGAAUGGAACAUAAGUACAGCAAAACCACUCACUUUCCAUAAAGGCUUUGCCUAUUAUGGACCACAACAUAGGCUGCAAAGGACUCAUCCGGUGUAUCAAGCGAUACAACAUAAGAGGUUUUAUAAUUCUGUUAAGUUAAUGGUAGCUUGGCGCUAAUUUGCCUGUAUUCCCUCUACUGUAUUGCUGUGUAACUACAUGUGCCCCUUUUUAUUACCUGUAACUCUUUAUUUCCAGCUUCACUGGUAACACAAAUGGAAACCAAAAAGCAAACCAACUGUAGUAAGUAAAAAGAGGCAUAUAGUUGCAAUUGAAAGUUUACUUUGCUGAAACAGUACAGACCAGCAAUGUGAAUUGCAUUGCAUCAGAUGGCCUGAACAGCACUGAAGACUGGUGCGUUAUUUAAGACAGAUGUGAACUCAUUUCAGAUAAGUACUCUUGCAGGUAACACUGCUUUGGAGAGCUCUGCAUGCCACAAGUGAGGCCACGUUGCUAUUAGCGGUCCAUGUGGCAAAAGAAAACUGAAGAAAUGGCUUCACAUGAAUGGCAUGACUUGCUUGGACUGGGAAGUGGGGAAUUCAUCACUGCUACUGCCUUGAUGGCAGUGAGAGACAGUGGAAUAACACAACUCAGCUGUGAAGAGUUUUUGGAUGCUUUUUAAGAUAGAUUUUUGUCAUUGGGAAAUAAAAAGCUUCCACACAUUGAAAAAAAUAGAUUUUAGUACAUUAGCUUUAUUCUGAGGCACCAGUCAUUUUCAAAAGUCUUGUUGUCUAGCAGUGAUUCAUUUCUGAUUUUGUUAGAAGGCAAACAGGUAUUUUUAGAUAUUGCUUCUUUUCUAUACUUUUUGAAAAAGAAAAAGAAAUGUAAUUGAAAUUAAUCCUCAACAGAUAAUGGCAACUCAGAAUAGCUUUUGAGGUCUGUCAUGUUUUUUUUUUUAAAUAUAGUAUUGUUAAACUUGAGUUAUAGAACACUGCUGUACUUCAUUUUCUUCAUCUUUUCAGACCUCAGCUGUUAUUUUUGAGGAAGACAAGACUGAAAGGAUGAUAAUUUUAAGUCUUUUUUAUAAACAUUUUUACAAAGAAUUGGGGAUUUUCUCAGACAGAAGUCGGAUUUCUAGGAAACAGUAUCUUGUAUUUUAGUCUGUGACAUUGUAGACGUGUUCAUCUUUGUCUCUAUCCGUGUCACUCCUGUGAAAUUACAUGCAUUAAAUUGCCAGCUGAAGCCUUUCAAAAUCUCAAGAUUGGCAUAAGACAGAGA